AUGCGAGCAGAUACAACAGCGGAAAUAAUACCUGAGAAGAGACAUCUGAAUCACCUGGAGUACAGACGGGUGAGAGUGCGAGGACAGUACGACCACUCACAGGAGCUCUACAUCCUGCCGCGUUCACGGGUCGACCCGGUUAAAGAGGCCAGAGAGGCGGGGACGCUGUCGCCCAGCGGAGAGACGGGCGCGAAUGUCAUCACCCCCUUCUACUGCACUGACCUCGGCAUCACGAUCCUGGUGAACAGAGGAUACGUUCCCCGACAGAAGAUACGACCAGAGACCAGGAUGAAGGGACAGCUGCAUUAUUUUUUUGUUAAUCGACCAAGGCUGACAGAGAUCCGUAAACCGUUUGUACCGAACAACGAUGCGGACAAAAACCGAUGGCAUUACCGCGACCUGGAGGCCAUGUCCCACGUCACAGGAGCGCAGCCCGUUUUCAUCGAUGCUGACUACGCGAGCACCAUUCCUGGUGGACCAGUCGGUGGACAGACAAGAGUCACGCUGAGGAACGAACACAUGCAGUACGUGGUAACAUGGUAUGGCCUGUGUGCAGCGACCUCUUACAUGUGGUAUGCAAAGUUCAUCAAGAAGAUUAAACUGUGAAAUGAUGACAUGCAGUGAAAUUAUUAGACAAACACCUUGUCUGGAAUGAUGCAGGGCAGGCCUAUCAUGUGUUGGAUUUGUAAACAUCAGCCUGCUGCAAAUAUUCAAAUAUGUAAAUAGUUGUUAAUUAUUCUCCUGAAACAUGUACUUGAGAAUAU